CUAUAUUAAAAAGAAAUUUUCAUAAAAUAUUCAAUGAAGUCAACAGACAUUUACCAGUUAACUUUGAUUUGUUUAUUGAUAUUAAGGUUAAUAAUGUCGUUAUAAGCCUAUUUCUAGAAGAUUUGUCUUUUAAUGAAAAUUUUUUAAAUGCUAUCAGUCGAUAUAAUCCGACUCUCGAGUAUGCAAACACAUCUCAUUCAUUUUCUACAAGACCUCAAAGUGAAGUUGGCAUAAAUAAACGUGAUGAUAUUAAGAUUCCAAUUUACGGUGGAGAUGGAAUAUCGAAUAAUGGAAGCAAAUGUUCA